AUGCAACAUCAAGAUCACCAUGGCUAUCGUGGCAACGAUGAUUCCUUGCCAGGACUCGAAGGUCAUCUUCGCAACUUGAUCUUAACCAAUACCCCUCCCGGUCCCCAACAUCAUCAGCACCAAGGUCAGCCUGUAGGGGAACAUGUUGGCCACCGCCUACCUCCCGGAUUCGAACACUCUCAAGCGCGAUCAAGGAACGCAGAGCCAGCAUUUCCUACCGAUCCGCGUGCCUCAAUUGCUGACGAUGCCAAUUCGUCAUCGCCCAGAGGCGGACGUCGGCGCCUUAACCAGGCACAACGACGACAGAUGAGCUCUCAAUUAUCGAUAUCUAUUGACCCUAAUGCGCCACAAUAUCAGAACGAUGAGACGCAGACUUUACAACACCAGCAGGAACGCUACCACCAACCCCAACACAACUAUCAGCGUCAUCAGCAUCAUGCCUCCCACCCAAGUGGAGGCAACUCAUCGUGGCGUGGUCAUAACCAAUCUGAGAGCCGUGACUGGAACGAUGGUCAGUAUGGUCAAAGUCCACGAAACCACGGUUUUCAUAGACCACAAAGCCAAAAUCAACGUGACCAUCAAUUCUCGUCGCCUGGGCAUCACUCUCACAGAGGCGGGCGUGGUGGAAACAAUUCAUAUCAAGGGAGAUAUCAGCGUCAAAGCUUUACACAAGAGGAAAUUAUGGGACAGGCCUCGCUCUUGGAACGCCUUUGCUUUGAGGCUGUCUCUAACUCGGAAAUCGAAAGACCAGAAAUCGCAGAAAAAGAGGCUUUCCGUCGCCGAGUGGAAGCCAUCUGCCGCGAGGUUAUUACACAGUACGAGCUUGAACAAGGGCCUGAGCCCGACUUUCAUCCUGCGACUGUAGAGUUGCAGUGCUUUGGAAGUUUAGCCUCUGGCUUUGCUACAAAGGCUUCUGACAUGGAUCUUGGCCUGAUCUCACCCUUUUCCAAGCUCCAGCCUGAUGAUACAGCGUCGCCAAUUCCUCGCCGUCUCGAAAAGGCUUUGUUGGAUGCUGGAUUUGGUGCAAGGCUGCUAAGCCGAACUCGUGUGCCUAUUAUCAAGCUCUGUGAGACACCCCCAGAAGCUCUUCUGCAGAAUUUGAGGGCAGAGAGAGCGAAAUGGGACAAAGGCAUUGUUGAAGAAACUGCGGAUCCCGAAGAUGAAGGCGAUGAAGAACCUGCCCUAGAUGCUCAGCCUAGUGCUGAUGUGCAGGACAGUGAUGCUCGCCCUACUUCUAGCACUGCUGAUGAUACACCUACUCCGGAGAACUACUUUGAAAUCCCUGGGGAAGAUGGUAAAAUGCACAAGUUCCACCUGCGUCAGCUGUCCAAGCAUACGCUACAAGCUUACUAUGGAUUGGCCAAACGCGUCUUGCGUAAAGCAGGCGGCCGUGAUGCCACCAUGUCAAACUACAAAGAAUUCACUGGUCUUGACUGGGAAAUCUUGACGGGUGUUUCUAUUGCCUUUGCGAACGGACUUUCGGAUACCAAGUUGAAACAAUCUGUACAAGACGCAAUGGAGCUCAGCUCAGAGCUUGGAUUCAAAUCACUAUUCGGCAUCUUGUCUCUAGUGGAGGGCCAACAAGUCAUUGAGCUUGUUAAAGAGUCCAAACUCCGCCAACUUCUCCUUUCUGAGGGAUCACCUUUGGAAAGAACUGUUAGAACAUGGCUCGAUCUACGACCACGCGGAGGUACACCUGCUGACUGCAUGACUUAUGCUAAGGACCUGCAAGUCAUCUUAGAACGGUUGAAGAAGGUAUCAGCGGUUCAGCUGUUAAUGCUCGAGCAGGCAGCGAACGAAAGUCCUCUUCAGUACUACAAUAGAGCUGCAGGCUUUCUACGUGGCACUGAUGCCAACCAAGUCUUGGAUCUGGACGAACUAUCGUCGGAGGCUGUCACGAGAUACAUCGCCGGAAUUUAUCAUGAACAUGUUCGCACUGAAAUACAAGAUGCAUACGCCAAAUCCAACAACAGUCUUACACUGGAAGCUAUUGGUCACCAACAUAUGGCCCUGCAACUUGCUCUUGAAUUUGAGAAAGCUCUGGAGAGCAAGGCGUACGACGAGGCUGUUGUGCCUAGCAUUCGACAGUACAUUGGUCUUUUGAGAUCCUGCAUCUCUUCAUCAACAGAGUCGAGAAAUAUCGUUCCAACCUCUGAGGAGGAGAUUCUUCUAAUCCAAAGGAUCAAGUUGCUGCCAGACCCCCAUAAGUUGGCCCUGAAUCACCACAAAGACAAGUACCAAGACGCCCUGGAGUUCCCUAGCAUUGGUGCUGGCACACAGUCUGAUAUCAACUUCGCUGCACACCUUGCCUUGCAAAACACCCUUCUUCUGCGCUGUUAUUCGCACUCUGACCCUCGUGUUCGACCAAUGGUGCUCUUCAUCAAACAUUGGGCCAAAGCCCGUGGCAUCAACUCCGGCUACCGCGGCACCCUCAGCAGCUACGGCUAUGUGCUCAUGGUACUACACUACCUUGUUAACGUGGUGCAGCCAUUUGUAUGCCCCAACCUGCAGCAAGUUGCGCCACCAGGAGCUGUUCCAGGUGCUCCAAACUUCCCUGAGGCAAUCAUGCUCAAGGGCUACAAAGUCCACUUCUGGAGGAACGAAAACGAAAUCUUGCACCUAGCUAUGAAUCGACAGCUUAACGGCAACGGACAGAGCAUCGGACAGCUUCUGAGAGGCUUUUUCGAGUACUAUGCUCAGAGUGGUAUGAUGAGCACUGUUCCUGGCAAGGGUUUUGACUGGGGACGAGAUGUUUUGAGUCUGCGAACCAUAGGUGGUCUACUUUCUAAGCAAGAAAAGGGCUGGACUGGGGCUAAGACUGUGUAUCAAGCUCAAGAGACGCACGAAGGGGCUCCUUCGCAGAAUGCGCCAGCACAGCCUCAAGAUACCCCUAAGACUGUUCCUGCGGCGCCGGCGCCUAAGACUCCAGAGGUGAAAGAGGUGCGCCUCCGUUAUCUCUUCGCCAUUGAAGACCCGUUUGAGCUUGACCACAAUGUAGCGCGCACAGUGACGCAUAAUGGCAUUGUAUCUGUUCGUGACGAGUUCCGCCGCGCCUGGCGCAUUAUCCAGGCAGCUGGCCAAGGGCUCUCACACGAUGAUCUUUUACAAGAUGUUAAUGAGUUGGAAAAUACAGUGAACCAGUUUGAGCAGCUGAUUGAUGAGAUUCAUGGUUUGAAUAGGAUGUAG